AAUCGAUUAAAAAAAUCCAUUCAAAUUACACUAAAUUACACGUGUGUUUGUUUUCUGUUUGCAACUACAAAUCAACGAUACAUGUUGCUAUUAAGAAAACCUAUCUGUAGCCCGGCAUAUCCUUCCUAAUAAUAUAUUAAUUUUCAUUAACUUAUGGAUAUUCUAAACAAAUUAACAUGUAACUCAUCACAGAUUAAGACUACGCUGAAAUUUUUUAGAUUUAGCACUCAAUUCAACUCUCACUCUCGUAACAUUAACAGUAACCGAAUAAAUGGCCUUAAAUUAGUACUAGUAAAAAGUCUUCAUUCUAUUAUUGGUUGCUCAAGAAGAGACAUGGCAUCAGUUCAUAAAAAAGGUUGUAAAUUAAGGCUAUUUCACAUAGUAGGAGAUGAUGUAGGCCUAGGAGAUCACAAAAUCUCAAGAAGUGAAAAGACGGAAAAGGUAGAAGGUAAGGACAAGAAGGUAAUCCAAAAAAGAAGAAAGGUAAGUCACAGCCAAAACAGAAGUUUGAAGUUCGGUAGUGCAACUCCGGUCCAAGUAAUUAUUUUUAAAUUCAUUAAUUACUACUCUAGUUGUAGGAUAGGGCCUAUAUGCCUAUAGCCUACUGUUUAUAGGGGCGGGCGUAGGUUUUUUGGGCCCUGAGCAAAUCUUUGGCUUACUUAGGCCCCCACAAAUUUAUCCGUAAAUCACUCUGGGUCCAGCCCGCAACAGUGUCCCUAAGGGCUGAAUCAAAACAUUAAUACUUACGAUACAAUUAUUUUAAAAUUGGUGGGGACCAAAAAUUUGGAGUUGCAAUAUAAAACUAUUGUGGGCUACCCUAUUGUCAUUGUGUCCAAAGACUAACACUCACCAUACUUAUUACUUUUGUCUUAGUGGCUAAUUUAAUUACGGGUUCCAGGUCAUUUAUGGCAUGUUAGUGUUUAUGAUUUACAAAAUGUAGUUAAAGUAAGGCAGUAAAGGCAAGGUUAUUGCUAGUUUCACAUGUAUAAGCAUAAGUGAUCUAUCCCUUUUUUUAAUAAAAGCUCGGGCCCAUGUGAAAAAAGGGGUGGGGGGAGCAAAGUGGACAACCCGGGUACCAAUGUCAAGGGGUGCCAAAAUCUAAAAAAAUCUUGAUGAAUGAAAAUUUAAUUUGAUAAUAAAUUUUUAAAUCUUGUAAAAAUAUAGUAAAGGAAAAGCAUAUUACGACAUGCAGAUGGGGCAUUAUUUACUGCUGAUAAAAAAAAACUUAGGCUGAGUGCAAAAUUGAGCUUAGUAAUAGUAAAAGUAACUUUAAUGCAUCUCUCAGAAUCUGCAAGAACACCAGUUGCUGACCUGUAAAACCCUCUUGCCUCUCCCAGUCUCCGUUUUAAAUUUUAAAAAAAAUAUUAUGAAACACCAUUUAUAAACAUUUAUUAGAUAUUUCGAUAGAUUAAGUUGUAUUCUGGUGACAAUGGCUCAUCAGAUUAAGUUGUAAUCUAAUGACAAUGGCUUGUCAGCUAAAGGGCAGAAACACUCAAACAGAAAGUGUCUAUUGCAUAGCGCAUUGCCUCAAUAACAAAGUGAGCCCUUCAAAAGACGCAGUUAUUUCUAAGGCUCAACUUGACCUACCCAGUCAAUUUUUAAAGGAAAUAAGCCUAAAUUAAUUCAAUUUAUCAAUUAGUGGUGUAGUUGCUCAAUAAGAAGUACUAGGGUGCUUUACAGACACCAUAAGCUGCGCAAUAUUAAAUAUAUGGUUCAUUGUGUCUAAUUAAUUUUCUUGAAACUGCAGGUUUAGCUGGUGUUCUUUUGAAAAGUGCUGCUUGCUUGCUUAAAGGAGGAGUUAUUGCUGUUCCCACAGAUACAAUUUACGGAGUGGCCUGCAUGGCACAGAGUUCAGAGGCCAUUAAAAGAAUUUAUGAAAUCAAGAAUAGAAACUUCCAAAAUCCAAUAGCUAUUAGUGUCUCAACUAUUGAUGAUAUUUAUAAGUAGGUCUUUUAUUCAUUGUGAAGCUGAGUGUUGCACUAAAAUCUUGUUUCAAAAUAGCUGUUUUUGUCAUUACAAUUACACUUAAGCAUCAAGACCUUAUUUGGUGCACUUUCCUUGUCAGCACCAUAUCAGUUGUUUUUUUAUUUGGUACUGGUACAAACAUAAAGGGCAUUUUAAUAAAAUUAUUUUAUUUUUAAGUUCAAUUUUUAAUGGACUUGAAUUAUAUUUUCAUCACAAUUUUAUAUAUGAUCAUAAUAGGUAGUGUUUUCUGUAGUCUUAUAUCAAAAAAAGCAAGCUGAAAUGUUCAUUCAUAUUCAUCUAUAUAUCAUUCAUAUUCAUCUAUAUUAUAUUUUCUAUAAGUAAAGAUGAAAAAGUUAUUUUAAUUUACAAACAUAUACAUUUAAGUUUUCAAAACUGAGUUACAAACAUCACUUAGGUAUGACUCGGAAGUAGAACCUUAUACCAGUAUUUAAAAUAAGAUCUAAAAUAACUUGCAGUCUAAAUUUUUAAAAUAACUUUUAAAUUUCUAUGUUGUGACAUUUAAUUUUUGCACUUGAUUGGCAACUUGAGGAAAUUUAUUAAAAGUGCAGUUAACAUUAAGAAAACAAUAAAAUAAAUGCAACUUGUUUAUUAAAUGCUGGUCUCCAGUAUAUAUAUUUUUUUAUGAUUUUUGGCAGAUGGUGUAAAGUAACUGUGGAAAGAAUGCUACUUACUGAACUUCUACCUGGAGCAGUAACAGUUGUUUUUCAAAGGAGUCUAGACUUAAAUCCUUUACUCAAUCCUCACACUUCUUUAGUUGGGGUUCGCAUACCAAAUCAUAGUUUCAUGCAAGCAUUAGCAAAAGAAUGUGAUGGUCCUAUAGCUCUGACCAGUGCCAAUAUCAGUGGAGCAAAAAGUUGUUUAAGAAUAGAGGUUAGUUUUUAUUAGACAGUCUCUUCAAAAUUAUUUUAAAACUCUUAUUGUACUGGUAAAUUAUUAAUAUUUUUUUAUGAACAUUUUUUCUAAUUAAUGAAUCCAUAAGACUACAGUAUGAAAACAUUAAAUUUUUUCAACAUACCUUUUAAUUUAACUAAAUCUAAAUGAUUGAGUGUGCAUAGAUGAUUGAUUAAAUAUGCACAUUUUUACCUUCACCUUUAACAUUUGCUUAACUUUAAAACUUAAAUAAAUUUGAUAAAUGUACACCAGGCUGUGCUAUUUUCUAAAAUUAAUAAUUGAAUCUUCUAGGAGUUUGAACAUCUUUGGCCAAAGAUUGAUCUUGUAGUAGAUGGGGGGACACUGAGUGAUUCUGAAGAAUCUCGUUUAGGCUCAACGGUGGUGGAUCUGUCUGUACCAGAGACAUUUAGAAUUAUUAGACCAGGAAGGUAAGUAAUUUUUUAAAAUUUCGUAGGUUGUUAUAUUUUACUAAGGGAGAUGGUAUUUCCUAUUUUUAAACAAAUUAAAGAUCAUUUCUGCCCUAAAUACAUUACUGAUAGCUUCACCCCAAAAAAUGUAUUCAUAAUUUAUGUCAGAGAUAUCCAUAAAGCGGCUCUCUGACAAUUAGUAAGCUCAUUUACUAUUUAAAAGAGUUUGUUCUAAUAUAAGAUAUUCUAAUGAAAUUGAUUAUUGCGCAUAACGAGUUUUAACAUUUGAAAAUAUGUAUUAACUUUAAGGGAACAAAUAAACUGAAAUUCCAAAUCCAUUUAGUUCCCUUCAUAUGCAAGUUUUAGCAUUAGGCAAUAAAUAACCAGACUAAAAAGUACAGUUCUUGAUUUGAGAGUAAACUGGCCAGUGUUUGGAAAUGAAAUUUUUGCAUAUGUUGGCUAUGUCAUUUUGUUAUUCUUUGUCAUUUACACAUUAGCAUGGAAGACACAUUCUUCUAAAAGCUUAUGCUUCUUCUGUUUGAAAAAGAAAUACAGAUGUAUUAUUCCAAUGCUUUAAAAAACAUUUUUUGUUUAACUAAACUACAGAGCUGUAAGUCCCAUUCUCAGAAUUUCGAUAAUGAAAUCAAUUCUGAAUGCUGAAAAACAUGCCAGUCUCUGUAUACAAAUUUGUCUGUAAAAAAUAGAUCUUUAUACUCUGUUAUAGUUAAAAGCCAUGGGAGGGAGGGAGGGGUUAAACUCAAUCAAAUGUUGCUUUGAGAGCUGCAUAUACUUAGUUAUUAGAAAAGCAAACUUUUAUAUUUUUUGUUUGACUAUGUCACGAUUGGAUGUGUUGGUUGCUAAUUUAAAAUAAUAAAUAUUUUUACAGGGCUUAGUUUUUAAGUGUCAGCUUCAGUAACAAUUAUUUAUUUAUUUAUUUUGUCGCAGUGCACUUCAAGCAACACUACAGAUUUUAGAAAAAUAUGGAUUAAAAGAAGUGAAGCUGGAAGAUAACAUUUCCUGUGCCAGAUAAUAUAAAUCUUUUUUUUUUUUUAAACAGAAAAUGUAUAUUAUAAUAUUUCUAUAAUUUUAUGCUCUUUAUGAGUAUGAGAUGGGGGUUAAGAUGACAAUGACUUUAAUCACACAUUUUGUGUUAGAAUAUCUUUGAACGUUUGAGUUAAACAGCAUGAGUUGGAAAAGCAUUUCAGUUUGUAAACAUUUCUCAACCAUUAAGAAUUCUCAGGUCAGGCUACUCUUAAAAUGAUCACUCAAAUUAAAUGGUAACCUCUGUCAUGUUGCACUAUAGCUUUUGUUUAAUGAUCUCUGCCAUUUUAGCAUCUUAAGUUUCCAUUCAUUUUGGUAUCCACUGAUUACAAUCGAACUCGGUUAACUCUACAACCCUGUUAUGUCGACGCUUUUGAAGUGGAACCGCCAAAUUCUCUCUUUGUCUUAGCAUUUUCUCCUCGGUUAAGUCGAUUCUUUUAUGUCUCUGAACCCUGAUAUCUUGAGCACAAAAGGCGGCUAAAUUUGCUACAGACUAAUUUGAAGGAACAACAAAAAGCUCAAGGAUUAUUAAGGCUGAAAAUCAACAAAAAUAUUAUAUCUUUUAAUUCUUUAAUUUCUCCUCCUUAUGAUCAUGCAUAGAAACUUACACUUUGUGGACCAUUGUCAUAUUAAUUUCUCCUGGUCUAUUCUUGUCAGUAAACCUUUUUAAAUAAACUAACAGCAGAGAAAAUAUGUUUCACUUCACCGUUUUUUGUGGUAAGAGUAAGACCACUGAUUGUGCACAUUUUGGAAAUCUCUUAAAACUGUGCUCUUUGUGCCAUGUUGAAUUUGAUGCCAAAAAAUCAUAACUUCCAUAGGCUCAAACAUUAAUUAGAGCAGCAACUUGGUGAUCAACAGUCCAUGCUGGAAUUACAAUUUGUGGGAAAAGCCCAACCAGUUUUGGUUCAUAUACUUUUGCAGCUGUACCUGCAGUUGAGUUUGAUAACCAUUAAACCCAUGAAUAUAUUAUCAUUUGUUUCAAAGUUUGCACCUUUAAAGUGAUCAGAACUUUUAAGCUCUUCGGUUGAUAAAAUUUCCUGUGGACCUAUGUAAUAUCCCAUCUCAGUUUUCAAAUUGGAAAAUUUGAUUGAGACAUUAGUUGAAUUGAGUAAACUCCAUGAAAAACAAGAAACAGGAUUUUACGUCAGGAUUUUAUAGUGGAGUGAGUGGAGUGCUAAUGCUAUUCACUGCAGUGCAUCCAGUCAUAUCCAUAACUUGAUUAAAAGUGCAUUGUGUCUGCUUCCACAAACUCCUUCUCAUUUUUAUGGACAGACUUGUAUUUGUACAGACUUUUUACAGACAGCUAUUUAGUCACUGACCAGUAAGUUUACAGAGAGUUGGCAACUCUAUCAUGGGUGGUAUUAAUGCAAGUUGCCUUGAGGAUUUCUGUUUACAUAUACCAAUACAUAUAUUGUUUUUGUCUCUGCAUUAGUUUUUUGUAGCCACUGAUUGUCAGAUUUUAUUAUUGGAGUCUUUAAAAACUUUGUUGACAUUGUUAGUCUUUAGUCUUACAAAAAAAUACUUACACUUACAUUAUGCUUACUUAUAGUAUAAGUUAUACAUUAAAGUAUAAGUUAUACAUUAAACCUCUUCAAUUUUUUUGUUAGUCAAAUAAACACAAUUUUAAAUUUCCUCGGCACAUAUAAUUUUUUAUCUAUGUAAUAUUGAAGUAACCAAAUGACUAAAGCAUGUCUUUUCCCUACAUGUGAAGCAGUAUCUUAACAUCUUUUACUACUCUCUCACCUUGUAUCCUCAAUCACCACAACCUCUGAUGUAGUCACUAAGACUAAGUAAUUUUGUGUAAGUUUGAAAAUGUUUUUCAUUACCGGUAUAUUGAUUCAAUAAACAAAAUGACAAAGGAAAGCUAGUUUUGCAAUUUUAUUUCUAUUUUCAGAUGAAUUAAUAUACAGAGUACCGGUAUUAGAAAUUUUAUAUAUUAUAUGUAAGCUGUCAGUUUGUGUAUUGUUAGAAGCACUUUCAGUGUAUAUCGUUAAUAGCUUUAAUGUUUUCAGCAGUAUGAAUAAAUGAUAUAAAACUUACUUUAUUUGUUACAUUUCAUUUACAUUAUUAUUGAGUUCAUAAUUUUGCAACUUCUUUGAAUAUUAAGGGAGGCAUGUGAUAUAAGAAGCUUGACUCAUAAUAAAUCCACAUCAACCCUAUGU